AUGGGCCUCAUUUCGAACAUCUUCUACUACUCUUUCCACCCCUCAGAGUUGAGGGCAAUCCUGCAAUGGAAAGUCUGGCACAAUCCCGUUCAUGAACACGAUGAGAAGAGUGAUACCGAGACACAGAAGGCCUGCUUAAAAUUCCUGGACAAGACCAGCCGGAGUUUCAGUGCGGUGAUCAAGGAGCUUCACCCGGAGCUGCUGCUUCCCGUGUGUGUUUUCUAUCUGGUUUUACGCGGGCUGGAUACGAUUGAAGAUGACACCUCAAUCCCCCUGGAAGUCAAGGAGCCCCUGCUCCGCGGAUUCAAGGACAUCCUCGAGCAAGAUGGAUGGACUUUCGAUGGGAACCGCCCCGAGGAGAAGGAUCGGGAACUGCUGGUUCAGUUCCACAACGUCAUCACCGAAUUCAAGAACAUGAAACCUGCCUACCAGACCAUUGUCAAGGACAUCACUGACAAGAUGGGCAAUGGUAUGGCGGACUAUUGCCGCAAGGCCGAACUGGAAGAUGCCAGUGUGAAGACCACUGUGGAAUAUGAUCUAUACUGCUACUAUGUGGCGGGCCUGGUUGGAGAGGGCCUGACCCGCCUUUUUGUGGAGGCAGAGUUCGGUAACGCGGCGCUGCUCAAGCGUCCUCGUCUUCACAAGUCCAUGGGCCUUUUCCUGCAGAAAACGAACAUCAUCCGUGAUGUUCGGGAAGACAACGAUGAUAACCGACGCUUCUGGCCCAGGGAAAUCUGGUCCCAGUACGUCAGUGACUUCGAUGAUCUCUUCAAGCCCGAGAACCGCGAGAUAGCUCUUAACUGCAGCUCUGCAAUGGUCCUCAACGCUCUGGAGCAUGUCGAGGACUGUUUGUUCUACCUGGCUGGCCUGCGUGAGCAAAGUGUGUUCAAUUUCUGUGCCAUUCCUCAAAGCAUGGCCAUUGCUACCCUGGAACUGUGCUUCCGCAACCCGGCAAUGUUUGAGCGUAAUAUCAAGAUCACCAAAGGUGACGCUUGCCAGUUGAUGAUCGAGUCGACGCAGAAUCUGCGCGUCCUGUGUGAGGUCUUCCGCAGAUAUGCACGUAAGAUCCACAAGAAGAACACCCCAAAGGAUCCGAACUUCCUCAAGAUCAGUUUGGUCUGCGGACGGAUUGAAAAAUUCAUCGAGACAAUCUUCCCGUCCCAGAACGCGGAGGAUGCUCAACGGAAAGUUUCCGGCGAGCAGUCCGAGGCCGAGAAAGAAAAAGCUAGACUCGAGGCUGAGACACGCCAAGAUGUUUACUUUAUGAUGGCACUGAUGGGCGUCAUUGUGCUCUUCGUGUCUGCUAUCAUGAUUGGAACGGCCUGGUAUUUGGGCGCGCGCUUUGAUCUUGCCUGGCAGGAGUUGCGGCAGGGCAACUUCAAGCCGCCCAAACAUAUGCGCGACAAGGAGCUAUAG